CUUGGUAUUGGAUCACAUGGGCCAUGGAAAUCUCGAAUAUUUGUUAUUCGGUUCAAACGAUCGAUAGUAAACAAAUCACCUUGAUUCAGUACAGGAUGGCUCCAUACAGAAGAACCAACCGAAAAGUAGACAACUGUUCGUAUGUAAGACAACUUUUCCAAACAUUCCUAGACCAGAAUCGUGCCAAAAAAGUACCCGAAGUGAUUCCACGGGCGAUCCCGCAACAAGUGAACCGUUUCGCUAUUGAUAGUUGCCUUGGCGGUAAUUUGUUUCGCCAAGGUGUACAACGAAAUCUGCUGAAAGCACAGGCCGACCAAGCCAACCCGGUUAAAAAGUUUUUUGCAGAUACCGGGGACAAGCUUCAGCCAGCCACUCGCCCAUCUUUAGCUAACCAGCCGGUUAAUGCGCGUUUCAAGCGUCAUGCAGGAUCGGAUCAGUUCGUAAAGUGUACCGUAAGCCCCAAUGUUGAACCACGAGGCCUCGUGCAAUGGCUCAAUAUGCGUAAGAAGACAUCUAAUGAGCAAAGGUUAUCGAAUAAGCAGAAAGACCAAAAGAAGAAGGUAGGUGAAUACUUGGAUCUCCCUGGGAAUUUCUUUUCGGGAAGAGAGUCUAUGAGACUACCGUUUGAAGCGCCCAAGAAUGCUGAUAAGACAUUGAUGAGCGUUGUUUCGACGUUUGUUCCACCGGCAACUUCAACUCCUUUUGAUGCGAAACGUAUUGAUUGUCCUUCCAUAAUCUCUGAUCCUCUUGUUGAGCUAACGCGAAGAGAAAUUGAAAUAGAACCCGUGAAUGAUUGCCAUGAAACUUUGCAAAAGAUCGAAACCAUAUUUGAUCAAUUCAGUGCUUCGUUUUGCGCCAAAGAAAAUACUCCACUGGAUCAAAACUAUCAAAAACUUCGCGAACUGUGGAGGGAGCAUUGUAUGACGAAACCUUCAGUCCCUGAGCCGGAAGCAACAACGGCUAGUUUGUUCGAUAGGAGUAGCUGGGAAGAUCACUCGUUCAUCAGCAAUGAGCUUUAUCACCGGCAACAACAAUUCGCUCCAGCAGCACUAGCAGAAUCCACCAUUUUCGAUGUAACGAAUCUUGUCAAUCCUUGUGAAACGGUAGCGCUUAAUGGAGAUCAGCAAUGUUGGCAGCCUAAGCUGGAGAGCACCAAUAGCUCGUUUUUUGCUGUGCCUGGUCCACCAGCUCGAAAACGGAGAACUGUGGAUGCUUUACUGACUGAAUCACCACCAUCGCCGCCAAGUAUUCUGACUCAAGAUUUAAAUGAAAUGUUUGCGUUCGGUCCGGAACGUGCUCGUCACGAAAUGUUAAAUUUUGAUUUCGAUCUGACGCCAGCUGUGAGCCGUACGUCUAACGAGUUCACCAAUUUCGACGUAACGCGACACGAUGAUUCGUUUUGCUUUUUCCCGCCCACCCCGAGGGAAUCUGACUGCAUCACCGCGAAUGAGACGAAGUUCUUCUUCUCGCCAACCCGUCGUGGUAGCAGCAGAGCAAACUUGCAGAACACUUUCUUCGAUUUGUUUCCCUGAUGAUGAAGUAUGUUGAAUUAUGUCGAACGAACCAUUUUUAUCAAAAGUGAAAUUCCAUCGCCACAAAGAAGAGAAGACAAAUUUGAUAAAAAAAAUGUGCAAUCCUUGACAAUUUCGCGACGCUUUUUAUGUUUUUGAUGAUAUUGAAAGAAAUCAGAAUAUCCCC